CGGCCCCUAAAAAAAACAAAAUCAUACUCCAACAACUGACCCUGCUUUACGUCGUCGUCUCUGCACAUCCCAAAACUCUUGACUCUUCAUCUCUGCAAAAUUUGGCGCAAUUUUCCCAUGUCCCUCAGACGAUCCGCACCGUCGAUCUACCAACGGCUCCAUAUCUCCCAGCUGUCCACAGCCCCACAGCCUUCUUCGCCGCUCUCUCUGAUCAGCAGCGUCUCGGGCUUUAGCUCUAACCCUCACGAAAACCCCCAAAACUCGUACCUCAAAUGGAUCUCGGGCAUCGCGGUCGGGUCGGGCCUAGGGUUGCUCUACUGGUCUAAUCCCGAUUCCGAUUUCUUCAAGAAGUCGUCGCUGGCUUUCGCUGACUGGUCAACCGGUUUGGAGGGCCGGCCGACGCGUUCUUUGCUGCAGAAAUUAUCUUUACCUGAAAUUAAGGCCAAGUUUCUCUUUGGAGAUGCCUAUAGGAGAAGGAUUUUCUUCAACUAUGAGAAGCGCAUGAGGUUGCGGAGUCCGCCUGAGAAGGUGUUCGAGUACUUUGCAUCUUCGUGUACAGCAGAGGGAGAAUUACUUAUGAGACCAGAAGAUCUCAUGAGGGCAGUGGUUCCUGUUUUCCCUCCAUCUGAAUCCAACCUUGUUAGAGACGGGUAUUUGAGAGGUGAAAGGAAUCCUGGCGAGUUGCGCUGUUCGCCCUCAAGUUUUUUCAUGCUUUUUGAUGUAAACAGUGACGGAUAUAUUUCCUUCAAAGAGUAUAUUUUCUUUGUAACACUACUAAGCAUUCCAGAGUCCAGUUUCUAUGUGACUUUCAAAAUGUUUGACACUGACGAUAGUGGAGAAAUUGACCAGGAAGAAUUCAAAAAAGUGAUGGCAUUGAUGCGAGCCUGCAACAGACAGGGUGCUCAACACAGGGGUGGACUUCGAUCUGGACUAAAAGUUAGGGGUUCUGUAGAAAACGGAGGGCUUGUGGAGUUCUUUUUUGGUGAAGAUGGGAAUGCUCGCCUUCAACUUGAUAAAUUUGUCAAGUUUUUGAGAGAUUUACACAAUGAAAUGCUGAGGUUGGAGUUUUCCCACUACGACUAUAAAAAGCGAGGAACCAUGGUGGCAAAGGAUUUUGCAUUAUCCAUGGUUGCAUCCGCCGACAUGCGUCAUUUAAGCAGUUUGCUUGAUCGGGUUGAUAAAUUGGACAAUGUACCAGAUCUUAGAGACACUCAGAUCUCAUUCGAGGAGUUCAAAAACUUUGCAGAGCUUCGCAAAAAAUUGCAGCCAUUUGCUUUGGCCCUUUUCAGCUACGGUAAAGCAAAUGGCAUGUUAACACGGGAGGAUUUCAAACGAGCUGCAUUUCUUGUGUGUGGCAUAGCUCUCAGCGACGAUGUGGUUGAAAUCAUCUUUCAUGUGUUUGAUUCGAAUCAAGAUGGAAAUUUAAGCUUAGAUGAGUUUGUUACCGUUCUAAGCCAGCGCGAAAGGGACAUUGCUCAACCUGUGGAGACGGGAAUCAUGGUUCAUGAUUGGUUUUGAUAGCCCAAGGAAUCUAAUCGUGUUGUAAAUCCUAAAAUGUAACCUGUAAGUAGUCUUAGAUUAAGUUAUAGCUCAAACAACUGCUAUUGUCUGCGCAUCGACGAGUCCCCAGUCUCCCUCUUUUUAGUGUAGUCUGGAGUUCCAUUUUGUGUAGUGUGCAUGAAGAAUGCAGUUGAACCAAUGACCGUAAGGCUUUUUUGUUUUAUAGCUUGCUCCUGAAUAAAAGAAACUCAGAUUUGCUACGA